AGAGGAGGAGGAGGUGGGAGUGGGAGGAGACCGUGGAGAGGUGGUUCAGCAACAGCAGGAGGAUCAGGGAGCCCAGCUGUCAGCUCCCAGAGAGCUCCCAUCCAGACCACUCUAGAUGAGCUGUGUCCUUACAAAGGCUGGGCUCUGUACUUUACACAAGGUUUCAUAGAGAGCUCCCCCAGUGUGGAGAAGAUCAAAGUGUUUGAGAAAUACUUCACUUCUCGGAUCCACCUGUAUGAUAAGGAUGAGAUUGAGCGUCAGGGCAGCGUGCUGGUGGAUUACGCAGAUUUAAUUGGGGACCAACGUGUGCGUGAAGCGCUCUCUGAUAUCGUGGCUGACCUGCAGGAGCAGCCAGAGGUCAUGCUGAACUGUCUGGGAGUGGCCAUUCAUCAGGUGUUGACCGCAGAUUUGGAAAAACAAGCUGCUGAGCUCCAAGACGAUGAGCUUCCCGUCACCGCACCCAUCAUCAAUAUUCCUCAUAUCAGCGUAAGGUUGUAUAACUACGAGCCGCUCACUCCUCUGCGGACUCUGCGAGCCAGCGUGUUCGGCCGGCUGGUGUGUGUGAGAGGAACCGUAGUCCGAGUGAGCAGCAUCAGACCUCAGUGCACCAGGAUGGCGUUCAAGUGCCAGAUCUGUGGCGGCACUCUGACCAUACCACUGCAGCACGGGAAAUAUGCGACACCCAGCAAAUGUUCCCAGCCUGGAUGUCGAGCUCGUACCUUCAUCCCCCUUCGCAGUUCUCCCUUUACAAAAACAGUAGACUGGCAAAUCAUCAAGGUGCAGGAGUUGGUGGGCGGCGAGCAGAGGGAGACUGGACGAAUCCCUCGCACUGUGGAGUGCCACCUGACCUCUGACCUCUGCGACAGCUGCGUCCCUGGAGACACUGUCACUGUCACAGGGAUAGUCAGAGUUAUUAACGACGGUACUACCAGGGGAAAUAAAGACCAGUGCAUGUUUCUCCUCUACAUUGAGGCUAUUUCAGUCAGUAACAGCAAAGGUAAGCUUUCCAAAUCAGGAGGCGAGGAGUCUGGAGGUUCCAGGGAAGAUCGAACAGGAGGAGAGGAGUUCAGUCUGAAGGAGCUCUAUGCCAUCCAGGAGAUCCAGUCCCAGCCAAACUUGUUAAGGCUCAUCGUACAGUAAGUUAAAUGCUGUGAUCAAAAACAAGUAUCAACGUGCCCACGGCGCACAUUGGAAGAUUUGUAACUACGCGGACAGAUUUGCAUGGAAAAACAUGGCGGGCAAGCAGCAGCUCCCGCUAACGGGGGUAAACAUAUAGACCAGAGGUCACGGACUAAUGGACCGCGGUCCGAAUCCGGACCCACCUUCUGGUUAAUCUGGACCCAACCACAUUUGAAACAUUUAUAAAUUACUGCAUGUUGUCCGACGACGGUGUCUAACCCCGAAAUCCUACAUCCUCCAUCUUUGCUCCGCCCCACUGCGCUCCAGACCUCCUGUGCAAAGCAGCGCCUAU